AUGAUCUCACUCAUCACCCUCAUUCCCAGCGUUUUGGCGCUCUGUGGCUUUGUCCACGCCGCUCCCGCAACCCCCGGUCUAGCCCUCGACGAUGUUGAUGAUUUCACCAUUGUUCCCGUCUACUGGGAACUUCCCGUCAAGCCCGACGACCCCAACGGCGCCACGGUGACUGUCGAGGGCACCAUCCAGCAGGCCAUCGCCAAGAUGGACACUGACUACCCCGGCUGGAACCAGACGUUCCAAGCCGGACUGGGUGAUGUUAGUUACGUUAGCGCUUCGCUGGCUGCGCUGGUUGCCCUGGAAGACCCGACAUAUGACUGCAAGAUCAAGACGGACAUGGCCAACAUCUUGGCCAUCAAGUGGGGCAUCCACUAUCUGCGUGCCAUCCCGGGCAAGGCCAAGAAUGGGCCUGGACCCAAGAACUGCGGGCGUGUUAGCUGCUCGUGGGACUCUGCUAUCUAUUGGUGCAAUGAGGAUUCUUCCGGAGACAAGGAACUUUAUUGGGGCCAGAUUGCCGACCUGGCUCAGGGUAUUCUCGACAACUGCGCGGGAUUGACCAAGGUGAAGGGGCAAGGGACAUACAAGGAUGACAAGUGGAGCGUGGUUGUUCGUUUUCCCAAGAGCAGCGAGGGCAAUUGCUAGUCGAGGUUAUCGCUGCCCUCAAGACACAAGAUGUGGGAUUCGGCGAUGAUCUGUGAUCCGCGGUUGGUAGUCUGAAAUAAAAUGAUUUCAGAGCUGAACUUCUGCCGCAAAACUACGGACCGUUUGCUAAGGAUGUUUAAACCGCAACCGUAAUAACGAAGAG